GCGGCGCCGGAAGUGAGUGAGCACUUCCGUCCGCCAUCCCUGCCGGUUCCGACUGCCUGGUGUUUGUGUUCUCAGCUCUCUUUAAUCAUGAAGGAUGUGCCGGCCUUCUUACAGCAGAGUCAGAGCUCCGGUCCGGGCCAGGCCGCCGUUUGGCACCGUUUGGAAGAGCUAUACACGAAGAAGUUGUGGCAUCAGCUGACACUUCAGGUGCUUGAUUUUGUGCAGGACCCAUGCUUUGCCCAAGGAGAUGGCCUCAUUAAGCUUUAUGAAAACUUCAUCAGUGAAUUUGAGCACAGGGUAAACCCUUUGUCCCUGGUAGAAAUAAUUCUUCAUGUGGUUAGACAGAUGACCGAUCCUAAUGUGGCUCUUACUUUUCUGGAAAAGACUCGUGAGAAGGUAAAAAGUAGUGAUGAAGCCGUGAUCUUGUGUAAGACAGCAAUCGGAGCUCUAAAAUUGAACAUCGGGGAUCUGCAGGCUACAAAGGAAACCAUUGAAGAUGUUGAAGAGAUGCUCAACAAUCUCCCUGGUGUGACGUCAGUUCACAGUCGUUUCUACGAUCUCUCCAGUAAAUACUAUCAAACAAUCGGAAACCACGCGUCCUACUACAAAGAUGCCCUACGGUUUCUGGGCUGUGUGGACAUAAAGGAUCUGCCAGUAUCAGAACAGCAAGAGAGAGCCUUCACACUGGGGCUUGCUGGACUUCUUGGAGAGGGAGUUUUUAACUUUGGAGAACUUCUCAUGCAUCCGGUGCUGGAGUCACUGAGGAACACUGACCGGCAGUGGCUGAUUGACACCCUGUAUGCUUUCAACAGUGGUGAUGUAGAUAGGUUCCAGACACUGAAGUCCGCCUGGGGCCAGCAGCCUGACUUAGCAGCCAACGAGGCCCAGCUUCUGAGGAAGAUCCAGCUGUUGUGCCUUAUGGAGAUGACGUUCACACGGCCUGCCAACCACAGACAACUCACUUUUGAGGAAAUUGCCAAAAGUGCCAAGAUCACUGUCAACAAGGUGGAGCUGUUGGUGAUGAAGGCACUCUCGGUGGGGCUGGUGAGAGGCAGCAUAGACGAGGUGGACAAGCGGGUUCACAUGACGUGGGUGCAGCCUCGAGUGCUGGAUUUGCAGCAGAUCAAGGGGAUGAAGGACCGUCUGGAGCUUUGGUGCACUGACGUGAAGAGCAUGGAGAUGCUGGUGGAACACCAGGCUCAAGACAUCCUCACCUAAUGCCCCAGUGUCCUGCAGACCCUGCCUCACCUUGCCUUGCAAGGUGACCCCCGAAACCAUCAGCAGAGAUCUGUAUUCAUUUGGGAUGGAGUUUUGGAUCCUGCUAGGAGUGGGAACUGUUCUUGCUAUAAAUGCAGAGAUCUGUCACUGAUGGGGGUGUGACUACUUGGAGAAGGCUCCUGUGUGGGGUCUUUUGUAGCCCGCAAGCCGUGGGAGGGGGGCUCCAGGCCUAGGUGAUGAGGAAGGGCAUGAAUGGGAAUGGGGACAGAGUAGUCUCCACCCAAAUCCACCUGAGUGGACCUUUCCAGUGUGGUCUGAGAGUGCUUCUAUAAUAAAUGCCUUUGCAUUGUUC